CAGAUAGAUUCCGCGGGCUGCGAGCAUCCCCCACCUCAUCGGCCCCCGCGUGCGGCGGCGGGCGACUCUACCUGACCUGGCCUGCGUCCUCCCGCUUUCCAGCCAGCAAGCCAGACUCCGCCCCUCUCCGAAGGCUCCGAUCGUCUGGUUUCGUCCAGAUCCGGCUCCGCUGAGGCUCUAGAUCGCGUCGCGCACGAUGCAACGCGACCUGUCGCGGUCGCUGUCUCCGCCGCGCCGGCGUCGGCGGUCGCCAUCACCCGAGCGGUACCGCGGCCGGAGGGGCCGUAGGGACCGAAGCCCUAGCCGUAGCAGGUCCCCCUAUCGCCCCUCGUAUAGGUGACCACAUCUCCCGACACACGCCACAGAAAUCUGGCGAGUCUUCGUUUUAUUUUUUUGGGGUUUGUACUGUAAAAAAUUUGAGGCGAUGCUGAUCGCCUUCAUUCGAAUUUUGUACUAUAGCUUGGUUUGUGACUGUUAGAGGUGGAUAGUGUGGUAGUAUAUUGUGCCAUAUCAUACUUGAAUUAAAUAUGAUUAUGAACGUCAAAUUUCAUAACACCAUGAUUUCUGAUUUCCAAGGGGAAAAUGAUUUGGAUGCUUUUGCAUUACAGAAUUAAAAUAAAAAUGCUUCGAUGCAGCAUGGAAUAUAUCAGCAGAUGAAGCUUAGAUAUAGUUAUGCCAUGUUUUGCAUUACCUGCCUAUACAGACUAACAAGAGUUGUUUUCGUAAAACGCAUGGAAUCUACAAAGAUUUUACUCUGUGCUGUAUUGCUGUGGAAUGCUCUACCCCUGUAACAGUGUCUAAGGUAACUGCUUUUGCCCAUGUUUUAGGGCUUCAAGAGAUAAUGGUAAUUCCUUGUCUAUUGUUGUGAUGAUCCUAAUUUUAUCCUUACAGUGCUCAUCUUUGUCUUGCAGAAGGAGGAGCCCUUUCCCAUCCCCGAGAAGGCGUGAGAGCUGUUCUCCAUCUCCUAGGAGGCGCAAUAGUCCACCUCCAUCACGGAAGCGUUACAGAAGAAAGAGCAGUCCGAGUGUCAUUAGCUCUCCAGUUACUGCAUCUCAAAGUUCCCACCUUGGGUUGGAAGAGAAUAAGAAUGCUAUUGAUACGCAAAGGCUACAAGAAGAAAAGAAAAGGCGCCGGAAGGAAGUUGAACUUAGACUAAUAGAGGAGGACACAGCUAAAAGAGUUGAGCAAGCUAUUAGGAAGAAGGUUGAGGAGAGUCUGAAUUGUGAUGAAAUUAAGCGUGAAAUACAACGUCGGAUUGAGGAAGGACGAAAAAGGAUACAUGAGGAGGUAGCAAUCCAGAUGGAGAAAGAAAAGGAGUCAGCCUUAAAUGAAGCCAAGCUGAAAGUGGAACGAGAAAAAAAGGAGCGGAAUGAGCUAGAGAAAAAGCUUGAAGAAGAACGAAAGAAGGCUGAAGAGGCGUUGAGGAAAGAGGCGAUGGAACAGCAGCAGAAAGAGCUAGAGCGGUAUCAGGAGCUGGAGAGGCUUCAGAAGGAAAGAGAGGAGGCCAUGAAGCGGAAAAAAAUGGAGGAAGAGCAGCAGAGGCAAAACCAGAUGAAACUGCUGGGCAAGAACAAGUCGCGGCCGAAGCUGUCAUUUGCUUUUGGGAUGAAGUAGCGUUCGAGUCACCGAACGAAAUUAGUGUUUUAGUUUCCUGUAACCCUGUAUUUCCUGAAACCACCAUUGUCUAACUUUGGCAGACAAAUUGGGACGUCUUAAAUCCUCCUGAUCUGCUUUGUAAGUUGCCGUC